UCUGCGAGUCUGUGUACGUUCGAUGUUUUAGCCUGCGUUCAACUUCUUUCUAUAUCACUGAAAGAAAGUUCGCGUGAGGAAAAAAUUAAGUGAAUGCAGAACUAACGAAAAAACAUGAAGAAACAUCUGCAUUAAUGAUUUUUUCUUUAUCGACCGGGGUGCACUCCAAGUGAGAUUCAAUGAAAGGCCUCCGGCUGAAAUCCCGAAUUCGGGGAGCAACGUCUACCCUGAAGGACCUUCUGUUCAAUCCGGAUCGUUUAACAGUUGUCAGUUACACAUUGCUAUCCAUUGAGCUAGUACUCAAUGUUUUCAUCAUCAACAAAGUAAAUUAUACGGAAAUCGACUGGCAGUCCUACAUGCAAGAGGUCGAAGGUGUCCUGAAUGGUACGACGGACUAUGCUCUUCUUAAAGGCGAUACGGGCCCACUGGUGUACCCAGCCGGUUUUGUGUACAUAUUCAGCGCACUUUACUUUGUUACGAAACAAGGACACAACGUUCGGUUGGCUCAAUACAUAUUCGCAGGCAUGUAUUUACUACUACUGCACGUCGUUUUUCGGCUAUACACAAAAACUCGACGAGUUCCGCCUUACGUGCUGGUACUGAUGUCGGCAUCGUCAUACCGAAUUCACUCGAUCUUCGUACUCCGCUUGUUUAACGAUGGUGUCGCCAUGCUCAUCCUCUAUGUGGCACUUGCACUCUUCACGAGAAAAUACUGGGUUCUUGGCUGCUUUAUGUACAGUGUGGCAGUAUCCGUGAAAAUGAACAUUUUGCUGUUUGCCCCAGCGCUGCUAUUCAUUCUGCUUUCGACCAACGGCUACAUGAAGACACUUCUAAAUCUUGGGGUUUGUGGUAUCGUUCAACUGGUGGCGGCUCUACCAUUCCUCGUGGCCAAUUACAGAUCGUAUCUCAUGCGGAGCUUCGAUUUAGGUCGCGUUUUUGAAUAUCGUUGGACAGUUAAUUGGCGUUGUAUUCCUGAGUGGCUCUUUCUGGAUCGCACUUUCCACAUUACACUAUUAAGCCUUCAUGUCGUGGUUUUGUUAUGCUUUCUUCCAAAGUUUAUCAGCUACAGCUGCAUUCAGAAGGUGGAAACGCACUCAGGGAAGCUUUUCUUAUAUCUACCCGACCAAAUCCUGUUGCCAAUGUUUGCUUCGAAUCUCAUUGGUAUUGCCUUCGCGCGCUCAUUGCACUAUCAAUUCUACGUGUGGUACUAUCAUUCGAUACCGUACAUCCUCUGGUCACUACCACUAACGCCGCUGGCAAAACUUCUCAUCUGGGGCCUAUUGGAGAUGUCAUGGAACACGUAUCCCUCAACUGUAUUCUCCUCACUUAUCUUACACGCGUGUCAUUUGACCGUACUGAGUUGUCUCUGGUUCCUUUGGCCGCGAAAGACUCGGUUAAUACUUAAGUCAAAGAAGGAGUAAUGGAAAUAUUAAAAAACAUAAAGUAUACCGGAAGGCUCAGUCGGUUAUUUUUUACUAUUAUUCAUCCAUCACGUGAACUACCCGUCAUUGAAGUAAUAAAAAUAACAUGACGAUACAAAAUCAUCACAUCACCAUUGAAAUGUUUUUGUUUCUAAACAUAUUACACCUGCCUAUUUAUUGACAUUUACGUAGCGAGUUCUGCUGUGUAAAUGAUAGUGUUUGAUACGAUAAUUGCGAAUGUUGUUUGAUUUUUAUUAAUAUGUAUGCUACAUAAUGACAGUGGAAUGAAAGUGUAAGUGAUAUAAAACCUUUGUCUUCGUAUAAGAAAUUUUAGGAUAUUCAAAGUAAGUCAGUUCUGCUUGUGAUCAGCUAAUAACGAUCGUUUGAGCUAUCGCACAUCGACAUUAUUAUGAUGGAAUAGAACACAAUUCUAUUGGUUAUGUCGAAGAUUUUAGACAGAUGAAAAUUUAACUAUGAAAAUAUUACUUGCGUAAAGUGCGUAUACACAGAGAUGCUUUGGUAUGUAUGCACCAUCAUUCGAAGUCGCUUACUUAGUACAUAUGCUCUAUUAGCAUAUGGUACAUUAGGUGUAAGUAAUUUGUAUGUUCCCGUUGUCGACAAACAGAGGUUGUGAAAUUAUGAAAAGCGUUACGACGAAGCUAUCGCCAUCACCACAUGUUUUUUAUGAAUUUUGACACUUUUUGUAAAUGCAGCCUUUCGAACGCUUAAUCGAUGGCGGGUUACCUUAAAUUUCCGUCAUGUGUAGAUAAUGGAGUGCAUGGAACGUGCACAUUUGCAUAUGUAUAGCACCUGCAUAAAAAUAUGUUGGGGAUCACUUACAGAGUUUAUCGAAUUUAUCCCCAAAACAGCAAGGUAAAAGAUGAAAGACAGGAAAAAAAAUGUUUAAAAAAAAUGAUUUAUUAGUAGACUCAGCGCGGAUCAACUGGUGGAGUACAACAUUUACUUUAUGCGUUUACUGUUUAUGUAAUUUUUACAAAUGUUUUUAGACUGUAUUUUUCUAAUGAUCCAGUUAGGUCAUCCUUCUUAUGUUCAAAUAACCACAUUACAUCUAGCAGAAACAGUACAGCAUAGCCAUUUGCCAUGAGAAGAAUGGCUGAAAGACGGACUACUAAACAAAAUUAUUUUUUUUUACCAGAAAAUAUCUAAAAUAUAUAAAAGAGGCACACGUGAUUGCUUAUAUGCGUUACUAUUGUCUUUUGGCCAAGUACAGGAAAAUAGUCAUAAACAAGGAUUUAAGAUGAAUACUUCCUUAAACAACUGCGGUGCAGCUACCCAAAAUAACAAAAAAUACAUGAAUUUUUACCUUAAAAAUGUUAAAGCAACCUACUGAAUUCGAUGGAUUUCGUUCACUUCAAAAGCAGUCACAAAAACCUAACAGCGUCAAUUUAUGCAUCAAUUUGCAAUGUAUCCAUACACUUAUCAAGACAAAUAGUAAGGAAACCUUGCUGCAAUGAAUUAGCUAAAACUUAGAAGUAUCGAAUACUUAUUGCCUUGUUGUAGUUUAUUAAGUCAACUUUUGGGUAGUUUGUAUUUUAAGAUUUCAUUUACUAUGAUGUUUCCAUUGGGGCACAUCGGGGGUCCAAUAUAUUACGAAAUAGUUCUUAAGCUGUUUACGACGCCCAAACAGAACGUUGAAUUGAGAUAGUGUAAGAAGCUUGAAAAUGGAAAGUGGAUGCGGCUGACAGGAACGAUUUACAACGAAUUAGACAGAUAGCAUUGUUAAAUUUUCGUCUAAAAAUAAAAAAAAGUCUGAGACUAUAGAAAGUGUAGUCAAUGAGAAACUUAAAGGCUAGUCAUUUAUAAUUGUAUUUUCUAUUGUAUGACAUAUGAUGUACA